GUCUUAUCUUUCUCUUCCCUCUCUGUCUUCCCCUUCUCUUUCCAUUUCUCUCUGUUCUAUCCAACAAUGACGACAUCAAUAACAACAAUAACUACAACAAUAAUAAAAAACAAGGGCAACAAAAAGUAACUAAAUAUUAAAAAAAAAAAAAAAGCAAGACACAGGGCCUUUUGGGCACAUAUGUUCCUGAGGCUGGUGGAGGGGCACCUUGUCUUUUUCUCCCAAAUCCUCAUCCUGUCAUUGCUCUUUUCUGAUCCCAGGUACCCCAAAGAAAGGUCCUGCUGCUUCCAGGACGCCAGAUAACCUUCAAAGGUUAUUUCCAGGAAGCCUAGCAUUUACUCACUACCAUGGCUGCCACUCCACCAACCAGAUCAGAGCAGGCGCCAAGCCCCCAAGAACAUGAGGAUCCCACCGCUGCUCCCUACCAGCCCUUAGUUGAAGAUCCCCUACAUCAUGAGGUGGCUGAGCUUAUGGAGCUGCUUCUCAGCAAAUACCGCGCACAGGUGCCUGUCACCAAGGCAGAUCUGCUAAAUCAUUGCAGCGCAGUUGGCCAGGAGGCCUUCCCAGUGGUCUUCAGUCAAGCCUCUGAGUUCAUGCAGCUGGUCUUCGGCAUUGACGUUGAGGAGACAGAGCCCUUCAGUGACUCCUAUGUCCUGAACAACACACUGGACCUCACCCUCAACGGAAUACUGACCCCAAAGCAGUGCCUGCCCAAAACAGGCCUCCUGAUCAACAUCUUAAGUGUCAUCUUUUUGAAUGACAACCACACACCUGAAGAGGAUAUCUGGGAAUUGAUGAAUGCAAUGGGGGUGUAUGAGGGGAGGGAGCACUUCCUCUAUGGGGAGCCCCGGGAGCUCCUCACAGAAGUGUGGGUGGAGGAGCGGUACCUGCUGUACCAGCAGCUGUCGGGCAGCCAGCCUGCCCGCUAUGAGUUCCAGUGGGGGCCCAGGGCACAAGCGGAAGUAAACAAGCGCAAACUCCUAGAGCUUCUGGCACAGAUCAAUGAUGGUAUGCCCUGUGAAUUUCUUGCAUGGUAUGAAAGUGUCCUGAGAGAUGACUGCAGAGACAGAGCCCAAACCAGAAGUGCAGUCAGGGCCAGUGGGGUGGCAUGGCCAGUGGGAGAACCAGGACCUGAAAUGUGGUCAGAGAUGGAAAGAUGGCCAGUGCCAGUGGAGGAUGUAGGGCCAGUGGAGGACCAGGGUCAAUGCAGUGGUCCAGGGUUAGGGCCUGCUUCAGCACUGCAUCCACCAGCUUCUCCUUCCCAAGGGGAGUCUGAGCAGGACUCCCUCCGUAUUUGAAGUCUUUGUUGGAAGGAGUAAAGCCUCAAUUUGCAUGGGGUGGUGUGUACAGGGUGUUAUGAUUCGAUAAGGGAGAUUACAAAUUUUUUUUUCGUCCUGAUAUUGUCCCUUUUUAACAGAAGGUUUCAUUAACCUCAAGUUCUAACUUUAUGAAUGACAUCAGGCACAACUACAUUACACUGAAAUUACAACUGAAGAGGAAAGCUUUUUUGCUGUUUUUCAAAAAACAAAUGAGGGGCAGGAAAUUUUCCAUCUUUUUGUGAUUUAGAGCAAGAUAACAUCCUUGAAAAUGUGAUGUGAAGGACAUCACUGAGGUCAAAAAAUCAGGAAAAUAGUUCUUUCUUGCAUUCCCUGCUUCCUUUCAGUGUAUAAUUCUGUAAAAUGAGAA